AUGGAGGACGAACAGGUGGAUAAUGGGGAAUGUAACAGCAGGACCUACAUUGGUUCGAUAGUUGCCUCUGUGAACCCUUACAAGAGCAUCCCGGGACUGUACGACUGCACUGCUGUGGAGCGAUACAGCAAGCACCACAUGGGAGAGAUUGCACCUCAUAUCUUCGCUGUGGCGAACGAGUGCUACCGCUGCCUUUGGAAGCGCCACGACAACCAGUGUAUCCUCAUCAGCUCAGCUGCAUUGGCUUGCAGCGGGCAGGGAAAACCGAAGCCUUGCCCACCGGAUCGGGAGGAGCAGCUCGGUGGCGAUGGCAGCGUGGCACCAGCUGUCAGGCUCCGGGGGGGGGGUGAUGUCCAGGGGGCCUACCAGCACAAGUUAAAUGUGGAGAGCUCUUCAGACACAAGGUGGCAUGAUUUUGGCUGUCUCCUGACCUCCAUGGGAGCCCUCGUGACAGCCAUGGGACCAUGUGGUGAAAGUGGUGCUGGUAAGACGGAAAGCACUAAGCUGAUUCUCAAGUUCUUGUCUGCAAUGAGCCAACAUUCGCUGGAGCUGUCCUGCAGAGAGAAGACCUCCUGUGUGGAGCAAGCUAUUCUUGAGAGCAGCCCAAUUAUGGAAGCUUUUGGCAACGCGAAGACUGUUUACAACAACAACUCAAGUCGCUUUGGAAAGUUUAUUCAGCUGAACAUCUGUCAGAAAGGAAACAUUCAGGGAGGAAGAAUUAUAGAUUAUUUAUUGGAAAAGAAUCGUGUAGUAAGACAAAACCCCGGGGAAAGAAAUUAUCAUAUAUUCUAUGCUCUGCUGGCAGGGAUAGAAGAGAGAGAGAAAGAUGUUUUUUACUUAUCUGUACCGGAGAACUACCACUACCUGAAUCAGUCUGGAUGUAUAGUGGAUAAGACAAUCAGUGACAAAGAUUCUUUCAAGGAAGUCAUUACUGCAAUGGAAGUGAUGCAGUUCAGCAAGGAGGAGGUGCGAGAAGUUUUGAGGCUGUUGGCUGGCAUUUUGCAUCUAGGAAAUGUUGAGUUCAUCACCGCUGGAGGGGCACAGGUGUCCUUUAAAACAGCUCUGGGUAGAUCUGCUGAACUACUGGGGUUGGACGCCACACAGCUAACUGAAGCGUUGACACAGAGGUCAAUGAUACUCAGGGGAGAAGAAAUCCUAACACCUCUUAGUAUACAACAGGCAAUAGACAGCAGAGAUUCUAUGGCUAUGGCACUUUAUUCUCAGUGUUUUGCUUGGGUUAUUAAGAAAAUCAACAGCAGAAUCAGAAGCAAGGAAGACUUCAAGUCCAUUGGAAUUUUGGACAUAUUUGGAUUUGAAAACUUUGAGGUAAACCGUUUUGAGCAGUUCAAUAUUAACUAUGCAAAUGAAAAGCUUCAGGAAUAUUUCAACAAGCACAUAUUUUCCUUGGAGCAACUGGAAUACAGCAGGGAAGGACUAGUUUGGGAGGAUAUUGACUGGACAGACAAUGGAGAGUGCUUGGAUCUUAUUGAAAAGAAACUGGGUCUGCUGGCGCUCAUCAAUGAAGAGAGCCAUUUUCCUCAAGCUACUGACUCCACCUUGCUGGAGAAGUUGAAUACCCAGCAUGCUGUCCAGUAUGAUGUCAGGGGGAUCUUGGAGAAGAACAGAGAUACUUUCAGAGACGAUCUCCUGAACUUGUUACGUGAAAGCAGUCUUGAUUUCAUCUAUGAUCUAUUUGAACAUGUUUCAAGUCGCAACAAUCAAGACACUCUUAAAUGUGGAAGCAAGCACCGAAAACCCACCGUCAGUCUCCAGUUCAAGGAAUCGCUUCAUUCUUUAAUGGCGACGCUGAGUUCUUCAAAUCCUUUCUUUGUUCGGUGCAUCAAACCCAACGUGCAGAAG